AUGUUGUGGCCUCCUACCCCGGCGCAAUGCGCGCGAGGCUACAUCAGAACCUCCCAAAAAUUCAGAAUACACCAGGCAUAUGCAUCCAGAGCGGCCGCCAUUCUACGACGCCGCUACGCCAGCGAAUCCGAAAGACACGAUCAUCCAGACACAACCCGCCAAACCACCCUUUCCCAGUCAGCGCAUCCAAGAUUUAACGAUAUCGGCGUCCAGCAACUAAGCGACUCUCUCCAUCCACAGGUCUUCCCCAAAGGCGCGACGAGACCACGACCUGAUCUGGUUGAACUCUCGAAGGACCACCUCCGACGCCACGAGUUGUUGGGAAAGAAUCAAGAUGACACACCGGCAAUCGGACUGGAUGCGCCACCGCUCCAUGGGACUACCCUGGACGAACACUUCACAAAAUUGGGCAUGGAUGCCUCGGAGCCAUACCUGUCUUACGGCAAGUCAUUUGUGAGAGCGAACACUCCUCAAAGACCGCGGAAAUGGGUGACCAGAAGUGGCUGGACAAAAUACAAUUCUGACAUGACGACGGAGGAAGUAGCAGCUCCUGACGAGACCAUGCUAUCGUUCGAUGUGGAGACGAUGUGGAAGGAAACACCUUUCGCGGUCAUGGCCACUGCUGCAAGUCCUACCGCCUGGUAUGCUUGGAUAUCUCCAUGGCUCUUAGGCGAGACGGACAACCCUAGACAACUCAUCCCGUUGGGUGAUCCAACCAAGCCCCGAAUUAUAGUCGGGCAUAACAUCGGCUAUGACCGAGCACGUGUCAAAGAGGAGUAUGACCUCAAGCAGUCGCGGAAUUUCUUCAUUGAUACAAUGUCCUUACAUGUGGCGGUCAAUGGCAUGUGUUCAAGACAGCGCCCGACUUGGAUGAAGCACAAGAAGAAUCGAGAUUUGCGCGACAAAAUGUCUGGCGAUCACAACUCAGUGGAGCUGCAGACAAUGCUGGAGAGCAAGAUGCUGAGUGAGGAAGAGGAGGAACUGUGGGUGGCAAGGAGUUCCAUCAACUCUCUCCGUGAUGUUGCCAAAUUCCACUGUGGUGUCACCAUCGACAAGAGCCAGAGGGACUACUUUGGUGAACUGGACCGAGAUGGUAUCUGCCAAAGGCUUGAGGAACUAUUGGACUACUGCGCGGCAGAUGUUGCAAUCACCCAUCGGGUCUUCCAAAAAGUCUUUCCAAAUUUCCUGGAGACCUGUCCCCACCCGGUCAGCUUUGCUGCACUACGACAUCUGUCAUCCGUCAUCCUACCUGUGGACAGCUCCUGGGACGAAUAUCUCAAGAGAGCCGAGAAGACAUACCAGGAAAGGCUGGAAGAAGUCCAAAAGAAACUCCUACAAUUGUCAGAAGCGGCUCUCGAAGUCAAAGCGCAGCCCGAAGUAUACAACAAGGAUCCAUGGUUGAACCAGCUGGACUGGUCGGGCCAGGAGAUCAAGUACAAGAAACCCAAGAAGAAGGGUGAAGAGCCUGUGCCAGUUGCUCGACAGAAGAAGCCAGGUGCUCCGAACUGGUACAAAGACCUAUUCACUUCAAACACCUCCCCCAUCAACCUGACAGUCCGAACGAGGAUUGCUCCUCUGUUACUGAAACUUUGCUGGGACAGCUACCCGCUUGUGUGGUCUGACAAGCACGGUUGGACCUUCCGAGUACCCAGCCAAGAUUCUGGCAAAUACGAGAACAGCAAUGUUGUUUGCUGUGACAUGUCCGAAGAAACCAACCCCAGUCUCCAAACUGACUACUAUCAUACCUACUUCAAACUUCCUCACAAAGAUGGGCCGGCAGCGCGCUGUGCUUCCCCCCUAGCAAAAGGAUAUAUGCAAUACUUCGAGUCCGGCAUUCUGUCGUCGCAAUAUGCUCUAGCUAGGGAGGCAUUGGAGAUGAACGCUUCGUGCUCCUACUGGAUCUCGGCACGGGAUCGCAUCACCUCGCAAAUGGUUGUCAGAGAGGCUGAUCGAGAGCCCCAGCUAGCAGGAGAGUCUGAUCAAGGAUUCAUCCUUCCGCAGAUCAUACCCAUGGGCACCAUUACACGGCGAGCCGUCGAAAACACCUGGCUUACUGCUUCGAACGCCAAAGCCAACAGAGUCGGUUCAGAGCUGAAGGCAAUGGUCAAGGCGCCUCCUGAAUACUGCUUUGUGGGUGCCGACGUCGACAGCCAGGAACUAUGGAUUGCAUCACUGGUGGGUGAUGCACAGUUCCAGCUUCAUGGUGGCAAUGCAAUUGGCUUCAUGACUUUGGAAGGGACCAAGGCUGCGGGGACCGAUCUUCAUUCUAAAACGGCGAAGAUUCUAGGCAUCUCGCGUAACGACGCCAAAGUGUUCAACUACGGUCGGAUCUAUGGAGCAGGUCUCAAAUUCGCGGCCACCCUACUGCGACAAUUCAACCCUACUCUUUCCGAGACGCAGUCGAAUCAGAUCGCCAUGAAGCUGUACAAGGAGACCAAAGGCACCCGCACACGUCGCAAAGCAUUUGGAAAUGGAUCUUUCUGGCGCGGAGGAACGGAGUCGUUCGUCUUCAACAAGCUCGAAGAGUUUGCAGAGCAGGAGCGUCCUCGGACCCCGGUGUUGGGAGCCGGGAUCACCGAAGCCCUGAUGCGUCGAUUCAUCAACCAGGGAUCAUUCAUGACCUCGCGCAUCAACUGGGCGAUUCAAUCGUCCGGGGUCGAUUAUCUGCAUCUCCUCAUCAUCAGCAUGGACUACUUGAUCCGCCGGUUCAACAUUGAUGCUCGGCUCGCCAUCACGGUCCACGACGAGAUCAGAUAUCUGGUCAAGCAUGAAGAUCGAUACCGGGCAGCGUUGGCCCUGCAGAUCAGCAAUCUCUGGACCCGGGCCAUGUUCAGCCAGCAGAUGGGCAUCGAAGAUCUGCCUCAAUCAUGUGCAUUUUUCUCCGCGGUCGACAUCGACCAUGUCCUCCGCAAGGAAGUCGACAUGGACUGCGUGACGCCCAGCCAUCCCGAGAAGAUCCCUCACGGAGAGAGCCUGGAUAUCAACCAACUCCUCGCCAAGGGGAAGGAUGCGUUCUUGGAUCCCACCAUAAUCCCCAAGGGCGGUCCGAUCGACCUCGAUAGGUAUACCUACACACCACGACAAAGCGUCAUGUCGACACUCAACGGCUCCGACGAUGUGAAUUAUAUUCGGGCCCAAAUCACCGACGACGACAAAGAACUCAGAGCCAUCAUCAAGGAUGCUGAGAGAGAGUCAAGUUUCACUACCGAAACCACGACCUUCUCUACCCCCAAUUCCAACAGCGAGCACGGUGGCAGCAGCGUUUCCACAAAGAAAACCGCAGCGACCACGGCUACGGCAACGGCUGCUGCCAAAUCUGCUGCUGCUCCUCGAGGCCGACGUCCCAAAGCAAAAGUGCCGAUCCCGCCUCACGCGCAGCCCCAGCGCGCCGUGCUCAUGGAAGUUGAGGACCGGUGGAACAUGGGCUACAAGAAGGCCUUUCCGGGGCCCUCACCGUCUCAUAAGCCGUGGUUGACGGAGGAGAAGCGAUCACCGGCAGCCCAGUGGACCAGUCGCUGGGCGAAUGAUGGAUGGGAGGUUUGA